AUUUAUUCCGUCUGCGCAAAUUGCGAAUAAUGCGCGUCUUUUUGCAAGAAAAUUGCGUGCUUUACACAACGAACUUAAGAACAUGACCAAACCCAAGGGAUUUGCAAGAACGUAGGUUGCUUCCUAGAAUCAAAGCAAUCAGCAAUUACAACAUGAGAAGCUCUUUACUGGUUGGGUGUUUCGCAGCGGCGAAGUUGAGUUUCGCCAAAGGACCCUUUCUGCAGCAAACCGGCUCAACGCAAUGGGUUAUUGGCAAUGAUUUGUGGAAUGUCACACAGGGCUCUGUAUAUGCGACCAACCUCCAGUACCAAGGUUCGGAUGCUGUCAAAAAUGCAAGUGGUCACUAUGCAGGUUAUGACGGCGAAAGCAACUUCCGAUACACUUCAGCAAGCAUCGUGUCUAACAGCUCCGAAUUCAUCGAUAUCAGUUUCUCCUCCUCUUUCGGGGAUCUACAUUGGGUUAUCUAUCCGGAACUCGCUGGCGCGUAUCAGUACUUUGUCAACAAGGCGCUGCCAGACAUCUCCAUUUUCCGCACGUUGUGGCGCCUAGAUCCAGAUCGCUUUACAAACGGCUACACAACGACCAAGGACGCGCCACUCCCAGGUUGGUCGCUGUAUGCAAAUGCGACGGAGAUACAAGACGAAACCUUCCAGAUCACUGACGGUUCGUAUGUCACAAAGUAUGAUUUCGCCAAUUAUGUACGCGAAAGGGAUUUUGUCGGUAUCUACGGUGACAAGUCGGGCUCAUGGUACAUCCACGCGUCGAACGAAUACCAGCCCGGCAACCAUCUGAGCCAAACUUUGACUGUACAUCGCGAGUCAGCCACUGGUGACGCUGUGCAGCUUAACGUUGUUCAAGAUACUUCUCAUUUCCGUGUCGGUAUCAAGACGCCUCAACCGGUUGGCAAGAUAUGGGGUCCUUGGUUAUGGUAUCUUAAUGAUGGCUCCGUCGAGGAUGCGCGCAAGCGAGCCGCGAAAGAGCGCAGCGUCUGGCCUUACCCAUUCCUAAAAGACAACGCGUAUCACUCUCGCGGUAACGUAAAGGGCAAACUCGUACUCUCUGAUAAACGACCGGCUGGAGGAGCCGCAGUCUUCCUUGGCGAUGUGAACACCUCCAUUCGGCCCUUAGUCCAGGGCUCCAACUACUACUACACGGCGUACGCUGAUGAGUCUGGAGAAUUCAACUUUAAGCACGUACGAAGCGGCAACUACGGGCUGUACGCAUGGUCAAAUGGUGGAGUUCUCGGCGAUGUGUAUACCAAUUUCACGACUAGUAUCGUUGGUGUCACCGACGGCAGGACCAACAAUCUACGCACCCUGACGUGGGACGUACCAAAAGGCCGCAGGCAAAUCUUCCAAGUUGGAGAUUUUGACAAGAAAGCGCUCGGAUUCACUUACGGCGGCGCACCAAACCAGCACGGUUUGACCGAAAAGGUUCCUGCAAACAUGACAUUCGUCGUCGGGGAAUCCAAGGUCUCAGACUGGUACUACGCAUCCGCACAACUUGGAUCAUGGGACGUGGUUUUCAGUACUAAGCGUCCCGCGCUCAAUGCAACCGCUUUACUCACCGUGUCCCUAGCCGGCUACUCUCAGAGCACCGGGCUCACGAUUUAUCUGAAUGGCAAUACGACAAUUGGCGCAAUCAACAAGGAUGUUGUAACAAGCGAUCCCGCGGUAUACAGAUCGGGCACUACCAGUGGCGAGUGGCAUCUUUUGCAGUACGAGAUCCGAGCGUCGAACUUGCGCGACGGAAAGAAUGUCUUGAGCUUUAAAACUGAUAGGUAUACUAAGUGGCGUGGUAUCCUUUGGGAUAGCAUUAUUCUAGAAUGGGUAGUGUAGAAAAUACGCCUAGUAGGUCGAAAAGCUUUACUGAGCUGAAGAUAGGAUAUAAUUUUUGAAUGUGAUACUAUCGAGAAAAUCACGGAC